AUGCCUCUUCUGCAGCUACUUUGCCUGCACCAGCAGAAGCGGAAGCGUCAGCAGUGGCGGCCCUUGAAGAGGAAAGGCCUUGCAAAGCCCAGUGAGCUUGGCCAACAGAACUAUCACACUUUGCUGGCAGAGUGCUUGAAGAAAGAGCGUUUGUUUGAAGACCAGUUCUUCCCAGCAGAUGUUAGGUCCAUAGGCACAGGACCAUUACUCCAGAAACUGCCCCAAAAGAUACAGUGGAAGAGGCCACAUGAGCUGCACAAGAAUCCAGUCUUUUAUUCUACCAACAAAAAAAGGCUUGCUCUAUGUCAAGGACUGAUAGAGAACUGCUGGUUUUUGGCUGCUGUGGAAGCUUUAACAUUUCAUCAAGACAUUUUGUUUAAUGUGGUGCCGCAAAACCAGAGCUUUGAGAGGAAGAAAUAUGCUGGAAUAUUUCAUUUCAAGUUCUGGCAUUUUGGAGAAUGGGUUGAUGUUGUAGUAGAUGACCGACUACCGGUAAAUGAAGCCGGUCAGCUUCUUUUCCUCUCUUCUGUUUACAAGAACCUAUUCUGGGGAGCUCUUCUGGAAAAGGCAUAUGCCAAGCUGUGUGGUUCUUAUGAAGAUCUACAAAUUGGGCAAGUGUCAGAAGCUCUAGUAGAUUUCACAGGGGGAGUUAAUAUGACAAUAAAGUUGGCUGAUGCACUGCCUGAUCUUUGGGAUAUCUUGACAAGAGCAACCUACAGCAGAUCUCUCAUGGGAUGCCAGACUCAUGCAGGGCCAACAAGAGUCCUGGAGAAUGGCUUAGUGGCUGGUCAUGCCUACACUGUGACUGGCAUUCGAAAGGUGACAUGCAAACAUGGACCUGAAAAUUUAGUAAGACUAAGAAAUCCCUGGGGAAAAGUUGAGUGGAAAGGGGAUUGGAGUGACAGCUCUGGAAAAUGGGAGCUGCUCAGCCCCAAAGAGAAGAUUUUGCUACGAAGAAAUUCUGAGGAUGGAGAAUUCUGGAUGUCAGUGGAAGACUUGCAAACCCAUUUUGUGGAUCUGAUGAUCUGUAAAUUGACUCCUGAUCUCAUGAGUCAGGAAGACGGGAAAAAGUGGAUGUGCUCUAUGCAGUUUGGCAAAUGGGUCAAAGGAAGCACAGCAGGCGGCAGAUUGAGGAGCCGCAGAGGUUCUUUUUGGAUGAAUCCCCAAUACUUGUUGAAAGUUUUGCAAGGCAACGGAAGCAAAAGAUCUUUAUACUCAUGCAGCGUGUUGGUGUCUCUGAUCCAAAAACACAGUGGCAAACAUCGGAAUCGGGUCCCUCAUUUUCACAUAGGCUUUUCGCUCUAUAAGGUGCAGAAGUCCUGUGACAAUAAUAAAAAGCUGCCUCCUGCUUUCUUCAUCUGGAAUGCACCUUUGAGUCAGUCACUGUUUGUGAAUGACCGGGAAGUGACUCAGGACUUCCGCCUCCGCCCUGGGACUUAUGUGGUGGUUCCCUCUACCUUGGAGCCUCAUCAGGAAUCAGAGUUUAUCUUGAGAAUCUUCUCCAGAAAGCACAGUCUGUGUGAAUUGGGCGGAGAUUCGAGCUGUGUCCUUUCAAAGGAAAUAGUUGAUAAACAUGAAGACUGGGAAGAUUUCUUCUCUAAGUACUUUGAUCAAUAUCCUGAAAUAAAUGUGGUGCAGCUGCAAAGGAUCCUAAACAGCAUGGCCUGGACAAGAAUCUCCCUCAGCAAUGAACUUUGUAAGCUGUUGACAAUCCGGUAUGGAAAUCCUGAUCUAAAAAUCACGUUUGAGAACUUUGCCUGCUUCAUGCUGCGUGUGGAACUCAUGAUGGUGGAUGAUGAUGACGCUUUAUUCAUGACACAGAGUAAAGGAGAAGCACUGAAUCAAGCUACAUGGGCCAUCAUGAACACAGUUGUCUGCCCUUUGAGGUAG